ACACCCGCGUCUCCGCAAACCGCCAUGGCCUUCCGCCUCACGCGCCCCCUCGCCCAGGCGCUCCGGCCCACCGCGCGCGUAUUCCAGGCAACACCGACAGCGACGCCGCUGAAGGCGACCACUGGCCAGACAGGGCUUGAAGUCCACCGCAAUGCCAUCCCCGCGCUCAAGUACUACUAUAACGAGACGCUCUCGGUAGUCAACAACAUGCCGGAGAGCUCGGUCUACCGUCAGGCCGUCGAGGCGCUCACUCAGAAGAAGCUCGGCAUCCUGAACGCCGCGAACGGGGACAUCGCGACGGCGGAGAGCCAGCUCGAGGAGGGCGUGAUCGAGGAGAGCAUCAAGGUUGCGCAGGACGAGCUCAGCCUAGCGAAGAAGAUCUUGGAGUGGAAGGCAUGGGAGCCUCUGGAGGAGAAGCCCGAACCCGGUCAAUGGGAGUACUUCGGCCAGCAAUAGACUUUGUACUGCCUUUAAUGCCAGUGUGCGCUUGAGAGCGGUUCGGUCAUCGCACCAUCGUCGUGAACUUCGAAUCUACUGCGAACGCAUCUUCCUUGACCGUACCGACACUGUCAAAGCUAAAUGAAUCAAGACUGUAUCGAA